GGGCAACAACGCGCACGAGUGCUCGGGUUUUUCGUUGGUUGUAAAAACGGAAAAGUGCGUUGGUGAGCGGGUGUCGUGACAGUAUCGCGAAAAUGACAGCGACGUCGAGUAUCCUGCCGUCGUAUCAGCGGUUCGUGAACGGUGUGCCGGUGCCCCUGUUCUCGAGACGGUCGUUCCGUCCGCGUGAAAAGUAUCUGAUCCUACUGGUGUUUUUGACGUUCGGUGUCGUGUGUUUCGGUACGUUCUUCUUUUUGCCGGAUUUCCGCGCUGGCACCGGUGGCGUGGCAGUGAACAGUGUUUACCGUGUUUACCAGCACAUACAGAAAGCGGGACCGGAGUUGCUUAUACCGGCGCCACCACGUCUGCAAGGGGGCCCAAAGGGGUCCAUGGGUCAUCCGAAUGCUGUGCCACCUGGACACGAGGGCAUCGAUCAUCAGGAUGUCCAUCUGAUCGAGGACAAACAAAAAUUGCAGGCGAAAAUCGACGAGGAAUACCAGCAACAGAAGACGCUGGAAAAACCGGAAGUGAACGUUGGUGAUUCGCGUGUGCGUGCGAGUAGUUCGUCCUCGUUGGUCCUUCACCGGAAGGACGAAGUUCUGGAGACAGUGCCACCAGCGCCAGCGGAUAAGCUGCCUUUAACGGUCGGGGGAGAGGACAAGGACCCCGUCGCCAGGGAACGAAGGGAUAAGGUGAAAGAGUCUUCGCACACCUCUGCUGGGUAAAUAGAAAUCAGACGACGCAGCCACCGCACAAACGCA